AUGGACUCAAAAGGUGCGGCUGUAGCAGCUUUGAAGAAAGCAGCGGUCUUAGACAUAAACAAGGGCAAUCUUGAGAAAGCUGUUUUGAAAUUACAAAAGCUUUUACAAGUCUGUAAGGCUAGGAAAGAAGACACAGCCAGCAGGAGUACUAUCCCAUUAUGGUCAAUGUUGGGAGAAGCUUACAAGAAGCAGAACAGUCUGCAAUCAGCUGUCAGAGUCUUCAAACACAUUCUGGAGAUUGAUCCCGAGAGUUUACUAGCUCAUGUGCAAGUAAGAAUUAAAGUGGCUAUGUCUAACGUUGAUGAUUAACACAAAAGCUAAAAAUGGUUAACAUAAGAUGGCUUUUUAGUUGAUGAUAGUGUACCAGCUGAUGGGAAAGUAUGAAGAAGCGUUGGAGACCGGAAAAACUUUAAAGUCUUUUGAAAUUCCAGCGAAUUUGGUUAAUUACGUGGAGCUACAGUAUGCUUAUACUACUGCCUUGUUCGCCAAAAGCAAAGAAACUAGUCAGGAACGAGUUGAGCUCAUCAGUUUAGACUUUCCAGAUCUGCAAAGACUGUUGAAGGAUGGAGUAGAUUCCGUUUUUCUGUACAAAACAUUGGCUAUCGUCUACGAGAUUCUUCAGGGGUAUUUAUUAUAUGUUAUCUUUCUGUAACAUGUCAGUCUUAUUUAAAAUACAAUUUUUAUUGAACAUAUAUACAAAAGUAAGAUCUGAACCUAAAUGUCUGUAGAAGGUUAUUCUAAGUACUGCUUGACUAUUAAAGUUACAAAAAAGAUAUUUAAUGUUUAGGUUGUACGGUAAAGCCUUCAUUGAUGCGGUAGAUCAGUUAAAGUUGGCAGAGUACGGUCUUCCGAACAAGUUGGAGAUAAUAAAGAAGAGAGUUAGCUAUCUGAAGAUUGUGCUUGAAAGAAACAACAAGUUUGUGGAUUCGUGGUACGAUCUAGCGUUGGGAUUGGUCAGUUUCUAUGAUUACACUGGUGAACAAAAUCAUUUGUCAAGGUAAUUUCUAAAGUUAUGCUGCAAAGUGUCACAAACUAAUGUUUUUUUAAGUAAUGUCAUACAUAGCGUUCAUUACUGUGUAACUUACUACGAGUAUUAUUUUUAAAUUUUACAAGAAAUUUGUUAACUAUGUAUUGUAAUGUCUUUUAGCGCGAUUGACUGUUUGAAAGCGGCCAUAACUUCAAAAUGCUCCAUUCAGAAGAAGUCUCAGUUCUACGUAUUGUAUGGAGUUGUCCAUUCCAAGUUGCGACAACUUCAGAAGGCUUCACAUUGUUUUAUCCGAGCUAUUCAGUUGAACAAGUUCAAUGACAAGGCUUGGUGUGCCUUGUCUUUGGUCUACCUUCGGAUUCAUCAGGUAGGUAUUGUUGGCUUUGAGGCUUAUUGUUACAAUGUUUAUUGCUUUUUAGCUAAAUAUAUGCAAUCUUACAGUGCUGUUGGCGCGAUGUUUAUAAGUGUCCUUAUUUUAGUACGAUGCAGCCUUCCAAACCAUGCAACUGGCUCAACAGAUAAAUCCCAACUAUAUGAUCACAUGGUUUGCUCAUGUAAGGUACUUUUACAUUGUUUCAUUUACUGAGUACAUAUGAGUUUGUGUCAUAAUUUAUUGUAUAAUAUCUUCGCGUUUUAUAGGCUUUGCACGCUGAAUCUUCGAAUCACUACGAGACGAUGGAUUUGUAUAGACAUACCAUUGCUCUUCAGCCACAUGUAAGUAGUACUCUUUGUUAUACUACAUGGUUUAUGAGAGUUUACUUAAGGUUAAUAUCCUUAUUCCGUGUGAACCGCUGAGUAUGCUUUUCAUGUGUUAGUGUUGACUAUUAUUACUGUGGUGUUUUUUAGAAACUUGCGGUUCAAAAGUACGCGUAUUACUUGUCAAAGAUGUUGAAAGGAAAGAAAAAGCUGGAUCAACAUACGAUGAUCGACUGUGACAAAGUCAUCAAUCUUAAAGGUAAGGAGUAUAAGGACUAUUUUUUGUGACAAAGAUAAUCAAAAGUGUUACUGUGUAGUUUAGAAACCCUACUAUAAGUGUCAUUGUAUAUGACAGUUCUUAUGCUAUGUAUACGAGGUGACUUAUGAGCAAAUAUGUAUCACUAGACUUCUGAAGUAAUAUCUAUGACUAAAUAACAUAAGAUUUUUAGAUUUCACUCCUAUGAACUCCAAGGCCUUGCUGGCUGUCCUCUUACUGGCUGAACGGUUCUGGUGCUUAGACGAAGCCGCCUCUAUUUCGAAUAGCCUACUACAAUAUCCACCAGCUCAACCUCAUAUUGCUCGGGUUUUAACGUAAGCAAACUUAUAGCUUUAUAUGUAUUAUAAUAUGCAUAUUAAGAUGUAAAUUAGUACAGUAUAUUAACUUAUAAACUCAAAUUUAGGAAGGCCAAAAUGGGAGAAACGGAAGCUUUGGAUAAUAUUCAACUGAAGAACAUUGCUCAAUUUUACAAGAAUUCGGCUGAUUCUGUGUUAGAAACUUUGAAAUUGAUACCAGAAGUUGGAAAAUUGAUCGAAGCUACAGAAAAGAAUGAUGCUACCGAGUUUGGCCAGGUUUUUACGGCUGCUUUAUACCCAUUCGUGGUCUGCCUCUUCCUAAUUUUUGGUUAUGUAAGUGAUUUGGGUAAUUUUGUAAAUAAAAAUGUAUAGAAAACAAACAUUACUUUUUGCAGUUCAAACACAAUUUUACAUUUAUUGUAGGCAGAUUGUUGAUCUAGCGAUUUACCGUUGUCAGAUUGUUGAUGUUGUUUUGGUAAAGAUAAUUAUAGGAGGCCACAAAUGAACUAAAACAAGCUAUGAAGACAAAGAGACCGUUGCACCUUCUGGCCGACUUUUACCCUCAAGGCAUGAAGUCCCUGGAAGAACUUCAAUACCAAAAAGACGAAGGCUUCAUCGUGACUGAAAGUCACCUGACUACGGUAAGAACUUAAGCACAGCUAUUGAAGUAUGAUAGCUAUCUAUCGCGAUAGACCUCAACAUCAUCCUUUGGAAUAAAACACGGCACUAAUUUAUUCAAAUUUUUACAAAAAAAAGUAAACAAUCUUUAUGUUAAUCCACGAACACGAUUUCAGAGGUUGUAUGAAUUGCUGAAGACGAAAUACGAUACAGUGUAA